AUGUGCCACUUUCAGGUCUCCUCACACACUGCUGGUGUGUUCAUUUUUUGUCAUGGUGAUGGCAGAUUACGGGCUCCUAUAGCUGCUGCCAGGCCCCUAAUCUGCCAUGGGCCCCUAUACCGCCUCCUCAUGCUGCUGCCAGGUCCAGAGUCUCUCAUGGGUCCCUGUACGGCCUCCAUUGCUGCUGUCUCCAUCGCCACACUCUGCCAUGUGCCACUUUCAGGUCUCCUCACACUCCUGCUGGUUUCCAUUUUGUCAUAGGUUGCUGUAUGGCCUCCCAUUGCUGCUGCCUCCACCGCCACACUGUGGCUCCAAACACUGGUUUUGGCCCGUGACUGGCCAAAUGAGUGAAGUGUGCGGUGAUUCUAAGUAUCGACGGCACUCAUCUGCAUGUCAUACUGAGUGACAGUAUUAUUUCUCUUCCCCAGCAGACUCCAAGGGCAUUUAAUUAAAGGUACAGUGUUCUGCACUAAUAUUA